AUGCGCGUCGUCAUCACCGGCGGCGCGGGCUUCCUGGGCCAGUCGCUGGCGCGCAGCCUCGUGCGCCGCGGCGCGCUGCUCACGCACCGGCACGACGGCGAGGAGUCGACGGCGAAGAUCCAGAGCAUCGUGCUCGCCGACGUGCAUCGGCCCGAGCUCCUCGACGGCGCGGGAGGCGUCGCGACGUCCGUCGCCGUCGGCGACGUCGCGGACCGCGCGUUCUGCGACGCGUUGGUCGGCGACGGCGCGGGGCCGCUGUCCGUCUUCCACCUCGGCGCGGUCAUGUCCGGCCAGGGCGAGGCGGACUUCGACCUGUGCCUGGCGACGAAUUUGGCGGGCACGAUGCACAUGCUCGAGGCCGCGCGCCGGAGCGGCGCGCCGCGGCCGCGCUUCGUCUACGCGUCCGCGGGCGCGACGCUCGGCGCGGGCGCGCCGACGGACUGGGUCGCGAGCGACGGCGAGGUGUCCGACGCGACGCGCGCGACGCCGCACACGACCUACGGCAUGACCAAGGCCUGCGGCGAACUGCUGCUCGCGGACUACUCGCGCCGGGGCUUCGUCGACGGCCGCGGCGUGCGCCUGCCGUCCGUGGUCGUCCGCGCGGGCGCGCCGAACGCGGCGACGACGGGCGUCUACAGCGGCGUCGUCCGCGAGACGCUCGCGGGCGUCGACACGGCGAGCCCCAUCGCCGGCGGCGUCAAGCACGCCGUCGCGGGCGCGCGGAGCGCCGUCGCGUCGCUCGUCGCCGCGCACGACGCGCCCGCGGCGACGGCGGACGCGGUGCUCGGCUACGACCGCACGGUCUUCCUGCGGUCGACGGCCGUGUCCAUCGACGAGCUCGUCGCCGCGGUGCGGCGCAACGUCGACCCGGCGUCCGCGGGCGAGCUCGGCCGCGUCACCUUCGCCGUCGACGACGCGCUGUCGGCCGCCGUCGGCAGCUUCCCCGUGCGCGUCGACGCGGCGCGCGCCGAGAAGCUCGGCUUCCCCGCGCCCGGGAGCGCCGACGACCUCGUGCGGGAGUACAUGGAGGAC